CAGCGGGCAGCUUCCCCUUUUCUGUCCUCCUCCAGGCACUGGCCUCCUUCCCCCUCAGUGCUUCAGAGGAGGGACAGCAGAGCCAUGGCCACCCGCACAGCUGCCGUCCGCCAGACCUGCUGCUGCUUCAAUGUCCGUAUAGCCACCACUGCCCUGGCCAUCUACCAUGUGAUCAUGAGCAUCUUGUUGUUCAUUGAGCACUCAGUGGAAGUGGCUCACGGCAAGGCCUCCUGCAAGUUCUCGAAGAUGGGCUACCUCAGGAUUGCUGACCUGCUCUCCAGCUAUCUGCUCAUCACCAUGCUUUUUGUCAUCAGCCUGAGCCUGCUGAUCGGUGUGGUUAAGAACCGGGAGAAGUAUCUCCUGCCCUUCCUGUCCCUGCAAGUCAUGGACUUCCUCCUGUGCCUGCUCACUCUUCUGGGCUCCUACAUCGAGCUGCCCGCCUACCUGAAGUUUGCCUCGCGGAGCCGGUCUGGCCCCUCCAAAGUCCCACUGAUGACUCUACAGCUGCUAGACUUCUGCCUGAGCAUCAUGACCCUCUGCAGCUCCUACAUGGAAGUGCCCACCUAUCUCAACUUCAAGUCUAUGAACCAUAUGAAUUACCUCCCCAGCCAGGAGGCCAUGUCUCAUAACCAGUUCAUCAAGAUGAUGAUCAUCUUCUCCAUCACCUUCAUCACUGUCCUCAUCCUAAAGGUGUACAUGUUCAAGUGCGUGUGGAGAUGCUACAGAUUCAUAAAGUACCUGAACUCGCCAGAGGAGGGGAGCAGCUCCAAGAUACCCCAAAAGGUGGUCCUGCCGUCCUAUGAGGAAGCCCUAUCUCUGCCAGCCAAGGCCCCAGAGGGGGAUCCAGCACCGCCUCCCUACUCGGAGGUGUGAUUCCCACCAGGCCCCGGCCCUGGUGCUGGAGGGUGGAUCUGCCUCUUAAUCUGCUUCUUUGCUUUGGUGGCCCCUGUGGUUGAGUGGACAACCUGGUCGACUUCAGGACAAUCUUCUUGAGUCCCCUUCGCUG